AUGGCGCCAAAGAAAGCCACUCCUAUCUUUGUCAACAAGGAAGAUGGAAACUUCAGAGAAGCUUUGAAAUUGUACGAUCAAAAGCAAUACAAGAAAGCUUUGAAACUCGUGGAUGCAAAUUUGAAAAAAAAUUCAAAUCAUGCUGAAUCACUAGCAUUGAAAGGGUGUAUAUUGUACUUUACGGGGAACAAAGAUGAAGCAGCAACUUAUAUCAAAAAGUCAAUUGAUAAGGAUUCAUCAAACUAUCUCGUUGAUCAUUUGGUGGGAUUGUAUUAUCGUGCAUCGGAGAAUUAUGUCGAAGCUGCAAAGUGGUUUAAAGCUACAAUGGAUAAUGGAUCACCAAACAAACCAAUUUUGCGUGACUUGUCAUUCAUGCAAGUACAGAACCGUGAUUAUAAACCAUUGAUUGAGUGCAGACAACAAUACUUGGAGCAUGCCCCUGGAUUUAGAGCUAAUUGGACUGGACUCGCUGUUGCUCAACAUUUGAACAAGGACUAUUCAGGAGCAGUCGCCACGCUCACCAAAAUAGAAGGCAUUAUAAAGGAACACUUGACAGAGAAUGACAUGUACGAACAUGGGGAGGCUAUAUUGUACAAGAAUCAAAUAAUCUUCGAAUCGGGCAAUAUCAGCAAGGCAUUGGAGGUGUUGGAACAGGAUCUUGAAAAUAUCAAAGAUCACUUAUCGUACUUGGAAUACAAGGCCAAGUAUUUGAUGUUAUUGGAUCGGAAAAGGGAAGCGUCAUUGGUGUAUAGACAAUUGUUGAAAACGAACCCCGACAAUAUGCAGUACUAUGUUAUGUUGGAAUUGGCACUAGAAACAAACACCAAGGAAUUGGAAUUGAGAGUGAAAUUGUAUGACAAACUCGCAUCAUUUUAUCCAAAAUCAGAUCCACCACAAUAUUUGCCAUUGACAUUUUUACCCGCUGAGUCUCCUUUGUUUGUGGAAAAAUGUAAAAAGUACAUCAUCCCACAGCUUUUACGUGGAGUUCCAGCGACCUUUGUUAACGUCAAGCCAUUGUAUGGAUAUAAAGGGAAACUCGAAGUCAUUGAGAAGGUGGUUACCGAAUUUCUUGAAAUAGAGGCACCAAAAAACUCAAAUCCAACUGUUACCGUAUGGACCUAUUUUUAUCUUGCUCAGCAUUAUUUAUACAAGGAGGAGUUGGACACAGCCUUGAAAUACAUCAAUUUGGCAAUUGAACAUUCUCCUACUUUAGUCGAGUUGUACAUAAUCAAGGCUCGGAUUUUAAAACACCAGGGCUUGUUUGAGAAAGCAUCGGAAGUCAUGGAUGAAGGUAGAAAGUUGGAUUUGCAAGACCGUUUCAUCAACUCUAAAGCCACAAAGUAUAUGCUCCGUGCCAACAAAGUUGACGAGGCCAUUGAUUGUAUAUCCUUGUUUACAAAACUCGAUGAGGAUGCUGUCAAUGGAUGUAAGGAUUUGCACUUGAUGCAGGUCAAUUGGGUAUUGAUUGAAAGUGCAGAAGCAUACACGAGAUUAUACCAUACACAAGAAAAGAAGCUUGCACAAUCUGACCUUGAUAAAGAGAGCGAGGAAUAUGCAUCUUUGGUGGAGAAUAUUGCCAUGUACAAGGGAUUAGCAUUAAAAAGAUUUCAAGCAGUUGUGAAGAAUUUUAAGACGUUUUACAACGAUCAAUAUGAUUUCCACUCAUACUGUUUAAGGCGAGGAACUCCUCGCGAUUAUAUUGAUAUGUUGAGGUGGGAAGACAAAAUCCAUGCCACCCCUGUUUACAUGCGUGCUGUAAAAGGGUUGUCUGAUCUUUAUUUUGAACUUUAUGAGGAGCAAAAGGCGAGUCCAGAGAAGGCAGUUGACCGCGCAACGAUUAAAAAGAAUGGCAAAAAGCAAAAGAAGGCCAAAACAAAUAAAAAGAAACUAGACCAAGCUGCUAAAGUCGAAAGUGAGAAAGAUGAUCAAGACCCAUUUGGACUCACUCUUUUGCUGGAUCUAAAGCAACUUGACUACAUUGAACAGUUAUCGAAGCUAGUCGAACCCUUGGCAACAGAAGCGCCUCGAUCGAAAUUAACUUGGGAAUUACUUUUCAAGAUUUAUGCCACCCAAGGUAAAUACGUUUUGGCAUUGCAAGCAAUCAAGAGUUUGGAUAAGGUUUUAAACAAAUAUGGUGAUAAGAAGUGCAAACAAAUUGGAGAUAUGGUGAUACAAUUAUCUGAAGCGAGCAAGAAUGACACCAAAGCUAACCAAGCCAUUGUCAAGGUUGUUGAAAAGGGAUUGUACUCGGCAUUUCCAGAUUUUGAAAAAUUAUCGCAAGAGGAGUUUAUAAAAGUAUAUAGUGAAUAG